CCGAUAAGCAGAGCAGCCGACAGAUCACUCCAGACGUCGGGGCCCGUCACACCUCCCUAGCGUGUGCGCGUACGCGCGAAGCUUCCGAAUGAUCGGCAAACAUGUUCCUCUCCCCGGAAGUCAGGGGUCUCGUCUUGAUCUUGCCGCCUCUACUCGCGGUCGCCGUCCGAGCCAACUCGACAACAGUAGAAAACGCUCUGGAGGAGGUAUCUGGAACGUCGCCGACGCCAGCUCUUCCCGCAGAAGAGUGCUGCGUCCCGCGAGGCGGUAGGCACGGGCGUCCGGUCCGGCUGGGCGGAGCCUGCCAAUGGAGUUCCCAGUGUCCACCGCGCAGCGCCUGCGUCCAGGGACGCUGCAGGCGCUGCAAGAUAAACGGCAACACUGACGGCGGCCCGUGUGCCUUUUGGAAAGAUCGUAAGCGCAAUUCUCUUCAUGUGUUCCGGACAGUAAUGAUAAUAUCAGCCAGUGUUAUCGCCUCACUGCUCGGCUUCUUCAUCGCAUGCGUCAUCACCAGGGCUUUCCUGGGUCGGUCGGACCACGAGGAAAGCAUCGCAUUUGCAUCAUCACCGGCGACGCCUGAGCCUGAGCCAAGGGUUCUGGCGGAGAGGCCGCCUGCCUACACCGACGUUCUACGAGCGCAGCAGGAGGAGCUGCCUUCUUAUGUGGAAGCCAUGAGACGCCCUCUGAACACCCUGCCACGGACAAACCCAGCUUACGUCGUCGACAUCACCUAACUGCAAUCUCCAAUAAAUAUCCACGUCAUAAUAUAUCAA